AUCUGUCUUGUGGCCACAGUCCACUUAGAAACCAGAGAGUAAACAUGGUUAAGUGGACGCUACAGACCUUUUUAUUUCUUUGGCUUUUGUGGAUCUCAAAUGGACAGCAGGACCGCAGAGGCAACCGGAGACAAUCCUGGCGUGACAGAUUUGUACCAGUGGAAAAAUACUGGGAACGGCACACGCUGGUCUCCACAGCUCAAACUCUUCAAACCACACCAAGAUUCACCAUCAUAACUCCAGACCUACUGAGGACUGACAGCCAGGAGAACAUCUACCUAGAAGCCGAAGGUCUGAGCAACCCUGUCUUCGUCUCCAUCGAAAUCAAAGAUUUCAACAAGAUCUCCAUGCUCUUCAUUGACAAUGCUACCCUCAAUCAAGAUAAUGGCUUCCAGGUCCUCAAGUCUAUACAGCUUUCCUCAAAUUUCUUGAAUCGUGAAGAGAAGAAGAACAAGUUUGUGUAUCUGACAGUGAGCUUUCAGGGUUAUCACACAGAGGAGAGAGUUUUGAUGGUGUCCUUUCACUCUGGUUACAUCUUCAUCCAGACUGACAAGCCCAUCUACAAACCUGGAGACAACGUUCGGUUCAGAACCUUUAUGUCCUCACCGUUCUUCAAGGCCUUUGACAGUUCCAUCACCAUAGACAUUACAAAUUCAGAUGGAGUGGUGGUCAAACAGAUCACUAGGACCAGAGCCGUGAAAGGGGUCAUUGCAGACACUUUCCCACUCUCUGAAAUUGCCAAUGAAGGAACAUGGCAGGUGACUGCAAAGUUCGAUCACUGGCAGCAGAACACUUUCACCUCCCCGUUUCAGGUGAAGAAAUACGUUCUUCCUGCUUUCAAUGUCACCCUGACACCCACCAAGUCCUUCAUCAGCUUGGAUGACAGUGAGCUUGUUGUGGAAAUCACUGCAAGGUAUCUCUUUGGGGAGCCUGUGGAGGGGACGGCCUACGUAGUGUUCGGAGUGAAGAUGAAUCAGGAGAUGAAAAGGUUGCCUUCAGUGAAACAGCUGUCAGAUCUGGAUGGCGGAAGAGUCAGCCUAAGCAUUGAGGAGCUCAAAGCAGCAUACCCCGACCCAGAAACAUUGGUGGGACACUCUGUGUAUGUCAAAGCCUCUGUGCUCACUAAAACCGGAAGCGAUCUGGUUGAAGCUGAAAAGACAGGGGUCAAAAUUGUCAAGUCCCCUUAUGUCAUAUCUUUCACUGAUUCUCCAAAGUACUUUAAGCCUGGCCUGCCUUUAGACCUCACAAUUGAGGUGAGCAACCAUGACGGCUCCCCGGCCCGCAAUGUCCAGGUUAAAAUCAGUCAGUUGGAUGUUCCUGUGAUAGCCUCCGCUGGAACAGCCAGGGCCAGCAUCAACAUGCCCGAUGAUCAGCAGCCACAAACCAUUACUGUUGAGACUAUCCAGGCAGACCUGAGGCCAGACCAGCAGGCCAGAACUCAGAUCACCCUUCAGCCCUACGUGGCUUUUAACCAGCACCAGCAAAAUUACCUGUACAUCUCCACAGGAUCCAAAUCUGUGUCUGUAGGAGACCGGGUGUCCCUUGACAUCUCUGUCAAGAUGUCAAUACAGGAGAACAGAAAAUUGGUCAAACACAUCACCUACCUGGUCCUCAGCAAUGGUAAAAUCCUAAAAGCCGAACGUGCGGAUGUGACUGACCGAUCUGUCACCAAUGUGGGGUUGGUGGUAACGUCGGAGAUGAUGCCCUCGUUUCGUGUGGUGGCGUUCUUCAGCCUCCCCUGGGUGGGGAGGGAGGAGGUGGUGUCAGAUUCUGUUUGGAUAGACGUGGUAGAUGCCUGCAUCGGGGGGCUCACAGUGGGCUCAGGGGACAGCACACCCAGAACUUUGGCCCCAGGGCAGAGUGUGCGUUUUAAGAUCAGAGGUGAUCCGGGGUCAAAGGUCAACCUGGUGGCUGUGGAUAAUUCCGUGUAUCUCCUCAACAAGGACCGACUCACUCAGAAGAAGAUUUGGGACGUGGUGGAGCAUGGAGACAUGGGCUGCACAAGGGGAGGAGGACGAGACGCCUCUGGAGUGUUUGUUGAUGCAGGACUUCUCUUUUCCUCCAGUGCAGGGUUCAAAACACAAACCAGACAAGUACUCCACUGUCCAGGCAGGGCUCGAAGGAGGCGCUCUGCUGAACAGUUAAAACGGAAACAACGGCUGGAGAAUCACUACAAAGAGAAGCUUGAGCGGCGCUGCUGCAAAGACGGCCUGCGGGAGAUUCCCAUGCCGUAUUCCUGCACCCGACGUUCCCUCUACAUCACUGAAGGCUGGGAGUGCAUGCGAGCAUUCCGCUACUGCUGCUCCACCUACAGGGGCCAGGAGUUUAACACAGAAAUUCCCACCACCCCUCCGCCGAUGACCACUGCUCCCCCCACCACCACACGCCCACCCACGACCAGCCCUUUAAUUUUCUACGCCAUGAUCCCACAUCGAAAAAUCCCUCUGUCACGGGAAACUUUUGACUGGACAAAGGAAAAAGCAUCAGAACUGCCUUUAAAAGUUUCACAAAGAACAAUGCCCAAACUGCACAUGAGCUUUUCAGCCAUGGACAGAAGGCCAGAAGAAGCAGUAGUAAUGCCAAUGUUGGAGGCAGCGGAAGAAGAGGAGGAUGAAGAGUGGGAGGAAGUGGAUGAGAGCCAAAUAUAUCUGCGUCACAAGUUCUUUGAGUCAUGGCUUUGGAUGGACAUUGACCUGCCCAGCAAGGCAGAGAGGGAUGGAUUGGCGUCCUUGAAUCUGGACAGUGCGUUGCCUGACAGCAUCACAGAGUGGGGCGUUCUUGCAAUCAGUGCUUCUCCUCAUACAGGUUUCUGCGUCGCUCAGCCCUACAAUAUCCAAUCCUGGAAACACUUCUUUGUUGACUUGAGGUUGCCGUACUCUGUGGCGAGGUUUGAACAGCUUGAGAUCAAAGCUGUGGUGCACAACUACGGCUAUGAUGCACUUCAGGCCAGGGUGGUGCUGAUGAAGACAGAGAAGAUAUGCAGCGUUGCUUUCAAGGACAAGCACACACAGGAGGUGACGGUCCCUGCCAGCUCCUCUGUGGCAGUGCAUUACACCAUUGUGCCACUGGAGGUUGGGAAUCUUCCUCUGGAGGUAACAGCUUUUGCCAAAGGCAUGGUGGGAAGUGAUCGCACCCAGAAAUCUCUACGGGUGGUGCUGGAAGGAGUGGAGAAGACAAAGGUUCAGACUGUGGUGUUGAAUCCUUCAGCUCAUGGGGGAAGCCAGACGGUUCACGUUGGCAAAAUUGAAAUGGAUGCAGUUGUGCCGAAUUCUGUGCCAGAGACUUUCAUCAAUGUAAGAGGGAAUGUGCUGGCAGACAGCAUUGAUAACUCCAUCAGCGAGGACUCUCUUGGUGCUUUAAUCCAGAUGCCUGGUGGCUGCGUGGAGCAGAACUUGGCUACCAUCACACUGCCGCUAAUUGCAACACUAUACUUGGACCGGACUGGGAGCUGGGAGAGCGUGGGGGUGCAACGCAAAGCUGAGGCCCUAGGCUACAUCAAGAGAGGUUAUGAGAACCAGCUGGAAUACAGAAAGACUGAUGGUUCUUAUCCACCGUAUAGCCGCCAGGAAGCCAGUACAUGGAUCACUGCAUACGUGGUGAAAGUGUUCUCCAUGGCUUACUCUGUAGUCAGCAUCAAUAAGAACCAGAUCUGCGACCCGCUCAUCUACCUGGUGAACAACAAACUCCGACAACGAGUUGGAAUGUACAAAGAAGACAACCCAGUUUACUCCACCACCAUGACUGGUGGCCUGCGUGGGGGUGACCCAGAAAUAACACUCACAGCCUUUGUGCACAUUGCUCUUUCUGAAGCAAAGCGGGCAGGGAUCCUAUGUACCAGUUCAGGUGUGAGUGUGGAGACGGCAAAUGAAUGGACAACACGGUACCUGAAAAAAGCUCUGCUGACGAAAGGGAGAAGACCUUACACAGUGGCUAUUGCAUCAUAUGCACUGGCACUGCAUGAGGCCCCUCCCAACCUCCACGAGGCUUUACUUCAAGCUGCUGCACCAGAUUCCAGUCACUGGCCCGACCGAGAAAACUUCUUGUUCCAGCUGGAAGCGACUGGCUAUGCUCUUCUCACUCUGGUCAAACUGGGACGCAUGGAGGACGCAGCAGCUCCCUUCAAAUGGCUGAACAACCAAAGACGGAGAGGUGGUGGCUUUGGCUCUACACAGUCCACCAUGGUGGUGCUUCAGGCACUGUCAGAGUACAUGAUCAACAAACCGCGUGAGGACACCAAUCUGGAUGUGGAUAUCAAGAUAGCAGGACGCAGAGACCUGCGCUACCAUUUCAAUCCCGACACUGCCUAUGCUGCUCGCUCUUCCAAGCUGCCUGCAGGUCAUGAGUUUGACGUGGUGGUUAAAGGAAGUGGAGAGGGAAUCCUGGAGGUUGUGACGUAUUACAAUCAGCUUCUUGAGGUGGAUGAAAAAAAAACCUGCAAUGACUUUGAGCUCAGUGUGAAUGUAGAAGAAUCCACUGAAAAGCAUCCUGCAGAUGUAAUAAAGACAUACAAGAUAUCCAUCAAAGUCAGAGCACUAGGACCUAGAGAUGUGAGGAUGGUUGUUCUUGAUAUCAGUCUUCCCACUGGAUUCACACCAGAAAACUCAGACCUGGAGAUGUUGUCUAACUCAGUGGAUCGUUACAUCAACAACUUCCAGAUUGUAGAUAACCUGAGUGAAAGAGGUUCCCUGAUCAUCCACCUAUUCAAGGUUUCACACAAAGAACCAGAGAUUAUGAUUUUCCGCCUGCAGCAGAACUUCAAAGUUGGCCUUCUUCAACCAUCUUCAGUUACAGUCUAUGAGUAUUAUAACCCAGAUCACCGCUGCAGCCGGACUUACACCCCCAGAGAGGACAGGGAGGAGCUCACUCAGAUCUGCAAGGACAACGUCUGCCGCUGUGCUCAGAGCGACUGCUGUGUGUCAAAAGCUGAUAGCGACACUUUCCCUAACAAGGAGAGAGAGAUAUUUGCCUGCAAUGGCUUACAUCACGUUUUCCAGGUAAAGGUUCUGAGCAUCAGUCAAGACUACUAUGAUAAAUAUGAGAUGGAAAUAAUGCAGGUUAUUAAACUGGGAGUGGAAGACAGAGUUGAAGUUGGCCAAAGGAGGCUUUUCAUGUCCCAUGGAGGCUGCAGAGAAGACCUCCAACUGAAGGAGGGGUCCCAAUACCUCCUUAUGGGUCCCAAAGAGGACCAGUGGAGGAUUGAUCCAGAUACCAACAGAUUCAUCUACACAUUGGGGAAGAACACUUGGAUGGAGCGCUGGCCGUCACCUGCAGAAUGUUCCAGCAUGGAAGAUAAAUGCAGAAGUCUCAGUGCUGCUGUAAAUGACCUCUCUGAGUCAGGCUGCCGCAUGUAACUGCAUCUGCAAAUAGCAAACAUGCUCUUUUCCUGCAAUAGUUAACACGAUGGUCAACUAUGUAGUUUGGGUUAGAACAUCAAUGCAACAAAAAGAAUAAUUGUUUUAUAUAAUCCAGCUGACAAUGAAUUGAUUUAACACAAAACUAAUUUAUUAUUCAGUACAUGAUCCCUCUGGGGUCAUAGUAAAUAUUUUGUCUCUCAAAAACAGUAAUAAUCUGUGUCUAUGGUGAUUGUAACAGUUUGGUUCCAAAAUAUGUUUAAAAACAUGGUCAUUUUUUUUAAAAUUGGCACAACAAAGGCUUACCACAAAUGUGUAUAAAAAGAUUUUUCCAGUUUCAAAAUGUACAGAUUUGAUUGCUCAAAAAUGUCCUUGUUUAAGAACCACGGUGUCCACUUCCUUUAGUCAUUGGCAGUGUCUGGUAAGUUCAAGUACUUUACGUAGAUAAUAAAUGGGUUCCAAAUGUUUACAAAUUA